AUGGCGCAAGAAAGCACAGUUUCCUUUGCUCUCGGUCCGACUCUCUCCCCAAGUCCCAAAAAGAGUGGGAGUGGAGGGAUCCCGUUGCCGCAGGAAGCACUGGUCGGUAUCUUUGUGGGUGUAGCUGUCUUAGCGAGCUGUAUGAUAAUGCUAGUUCACUUCCUGAAAGUAUCCCCACGCGCAAGGGGAUUUAGGAACUUCAUAUCGUGUUCUCGUGGGCGUAAUCCCCGGCCCCUUGACCCCAGGGAAAGAUCAGGAUCUGAACACAACCUAUGGACUCCUGGGAAUGGCAUGCUCCACAUCACUCCAGAACUUUUGCACUCAACGCUCAGUCCAAUCCCGACCAUGUAUGACCCUACACAGCCCCGGCAUUAUCCUACUCGAGCAGCUGAUGUCGAUGAAAGAGGUCGCAGGACGGGACCACGCACGGACGAUGAAGGGAAUUGGGUUGACGAAAAAGAAGAGCUACCUGCCUACUCGCGACACAGCAUCGGCCUGCCAACAUAUACUGAAUCGGAUGCCCAUUACUCAUCUGAGAGGUUGCCUCCACCUGUCACCCAUUCAUCACCCUAA